AGAGAACUGAGGGAUUGUUACAAGGUUUAAAGAUUUCUAGAUUUAUCAAAACUGUAAUAAGAUGGCGAAAGAUAGAGAAGCCAUCGUUGACAUCGAGAGCAACCAAAGCGAAUGCCAAGAGGACCUGGGAAACGAGCAGGUGACAGAUGACAAAAGUGUCAAGAACAUGCUUAGAUCACUAGGUUUAACCUUGAGUUUCAACGGGUUGGAUGAUGCUGAAAACAGCAGCGACAUAGAAUCGUUAGUUAACAAUAAACUCGAAGGCGAAAAGAGGGAAAAUAUGCCACUUAUAGGGAAGACACACUCAAAAGAAAAACAAAAGGUUAAAAACUCAAAAAGGGCUUCUAAACCGCCCCGGCCCCGUAAAGGUCCAUCUUUGAGUACAAGCGAUUUGCGAUUGGUUAAAGAGAUUUCCGAGAUGGUUAUGAAGAAACGUGCAAGGAUUGAACGGCUAAAAUCUUUGAAGAAAGCGAGAUCAGCUCGACUACAAACAGCACCUCCACCGUCAUCAUCAGCAUCAUCAUACAUGAGUAUUUUUGCUAUGAUGAUCACUGUUCUCUUUCUCAUUGUGAUAAUCCUCCAAGGUUUUGGUUUUGGUUCGGGUACAAGAACUGGUCUAGGCUCAGGCCAGUUUGACUCCAAGAUCCCCAAGUAGAACAAAUAUUUGGCUAUGAGCCUAGGAACAUUGUUUUAUUUUAUUUAUUUUUUUGAACGGUUAACACACAUUCUUUAAUCAUACUCCUAAAUGUACACAGUUGUCCAUCAUGGGACUAGAUCCCUCAACCUCACAGGCAGGGACACCUUCCAACACCUUGAUACCGUUAGGCUACAAGCCCUUUGGUACCAUGGUUAAUGACCCGUCAAACAUCUGACUCGACAGAAGAUAGUCUUUAUUUGCUAUCUGUUAGUAGGAUUAGUGUUGGAGGAAUUGAGCUUUGUACUUUGUAGGAUUAUAUUCAUUGUUCACUAAUCGAGACAGUUAUGAUAUCAUUUUUAUUAAAUUU